CUCCUUCCCCUCAGCCAGGGCGCGAGAGCCGAGGGGCGAUGGACCAAAGCGAGCGCGACUGGCACCAUGACAUUCGCGCGCUUCUUCCUGGCGGUGGCGGCUCUGGGGACGCUCGCUGAGCCGGGCGCUUCGGAGCCGGCUCGCUCGCCUCUCCCUUUCGCCCCGCGGGGCUCUGCCCACCAGCCGCCUCAGGCGCGCUCCCCGCCGCCGCCGCCUCUGCCGCUCCAGCACCACCAGCCCGCCAGCGGCUGCCCGCGAGGCGGCGGGCGCUUCGUCAACGUCACCGAGUCCGGCGCCGAGUGCCUGCCCUGGGCGGACGUGCCCACCUUCCUGGAGAAGACGCCUCAGGGCAGAGGGCUGAGAGGGCAGCGCAACUUCUGCAGGAACCCCGACGGCAGGAGCAGGCCCUGGUGCUUCUUCAGGAACAGCCGCGGCAGGGUCGACUGGGGCUACUGUGACUGCAGGCAAGGUUCUGUGAGACUUAAAGGUGGCAAAAAUGAGUUUGAAGGCACAGUUGAAGUUUAUCUGAACGGAAUAUGGGGAACGAUCUGCAGCAAUCAUUGGGAUGAUACUGAUGCAUCAGUGAUAUGUCAACAGCUUGAACUUGGGGAGAGAGGCACAGCGAAGCACACCCCAUUUUCUGGACCAGGCCUUAUCCCUGUUUACUGGAGUGAUGUACAUUGCCAUGGUGAUGAAGAAAACAUCUUACUUUGUGAAAAAAGUGUCUGGCAGGAUGGAAUGUGUCCUCAAAAUAUGGCAGCUGCUGUUGCAUGUGGCUUUUCCCAUGACCCUGAUUUUAUCCCAGUCCGACUGGUUGAUGGAAGCAGUGCUUAUGAAGGAAGAGUAGAAGUGUAUCAUGCUGGUCACUGGGGAACCAUCUGCGACGACCAGUGGGAUGAUGCAGACGCUGAGGUAGUCUGCAGGCAGCUUGGCCUUGGCGGGGUGGCCAAGGCAUGGAGCCAGGCUUAUUUUGGAGAAGGCUCAGGUCCUGUGCUGUUGGAUGAAGUGCGUUGUACAGGAAAUGAGCUGUCUAUAGAACAGUGUCUAAAGAGUUCCUGGCAAGAACACAACUGUGGCCACAAAGAAGAUGCAGGAGUUUCCUGCACACCUCUAGCAGAUGGUGCCAUCAGACUGGCAGGUGGGAAAGUCAGUCAUGAGGGACGACUGGAGGUGCUUUACAACGGACAGUGGGGCACCAUCUGCGAUGAUGGGUGGACUGAACUGAACACACAUGUGGUUUGCCGCCAGCUGGGCUUUAAGAAUGGGAAAAGUGUCUCAGAACACUACCCAGAAGAGAACAUUGGACCCAUCUGGCUGGAUGAUGUCAGCUGCUCAGGAAAGGAGUCUGCAAUCCUCCAGUGUUCAAAGAGGGAAUGGGGAAAGCAUGAUUGCAGCCACAAAGAGGAUGUUGGGAUAAGUUGCUAUAGAGAUAACGACAGCCACAGAGCCUCACUGGGGCCUCCUAUCAGAUUGAUGGAUGGUGAAAAUAAGAAAGAGGGCCGCGUGGAGAUCUUUAUCCACGGCCAGUGGGGGACAAUUUGUGAUGAUGGAUGGUCCGAUAAGGAUGCAGCUGUGGUAUGUCGACAACUUGGCUUCAAAGGUUCUGCACGAGCAAGGACCAUGGCAUAUUUUGGAGAAGGAAAGGGCCCCAUCCAUGUGGACAAUGUGAAAUGUACAGGAAAUGAAAGAUCUCUUGCUGACUGCAUUAAACAGGAUAUUGGCAGACACAAUUGUCGUCAUAGUGAAGAUGCGGGGGUGAUCUGUGACUACCUUAGCAAGAAGGCACCUGCAAACAGUAAUAAAGAUUCUCUUUCUUCUGUGUGUGGUUUGAGGUUACUGCAUCGUCGGCAGAAGCGGAUCAUUGGAGGGAAAAAUUCUUUAAGAGGUGGAUGGCCCUGGCAAGUUGCUCUGCGCUUGAAAUCAUCCCAUGGUGAUGGAAGAUUGCUGUGUGGUGCCACUCUCAUCAGCAGCUGCUGGGUGCUUACGGCAGCACACUGUUUUAAGAGAUAUGGCAAUAAUACUCGGAGCUAUGUGGUGCGUGUUGGAGACUACCACACAUUAGUGCCUGAGGAGUACGAGGAAGAAAUUGGAGUACAAGAGAUUGUGCAACACAAAGAAUAUAGGCCUGAUAGCAGUGAUUAUGACAUUGCGCUGGUGAGGCUGCAAGGACCCGAAGAGCAGUGUGCUCGCUUUAGCACCCAUGUCUUGCCUGCUUGUUUGCCACUCAGACGAGAGAGGCCACAGAAAACUGCUCCCAAUUGUUACAUCACUGGAUGGGGUGACACAGGAAGAGCUUACUCAAGAACAUUGCAACAAGCUGCCAUCCCUCUGCUUCCUAAAAGAAUCUGUGAAGAACGCUAUCGGACAAGGUUCACAGGAAGGAUGCUCUGUGCUGGUAGCCUCCAAGAGCAGAAGCGUGUGGACAGCUGCCAGGGAGACAGUGGUGGGCCACUCAUGUGUGAACGCCCUGGAGAAAGUUGGGUUGUAUAUGGGGUGACCUCCUGGGGUUACGGCUGUGGAGUCAAAGACUCUCCAGGUGUCUAUACCAAAGUUUCCUCUUUUGUACCUUGGAUAAGAAGUGUGACCAAACUAUGACCAUGAUUGCAUCACUGAUCACUAACAGCAGUCAGUACAAAGCUGUACACAUUUUUCUGUGUAUGCUUAUUUGGUUGGAUAAUAUGGUAGUUCAUCUUAAAGUAAUGUCGACUUACAUUGAAACACAGGGGGAAGUAAUAUUUAUUGUGUCCCCCUGAUCAAUGAAAUCCCCAACGAAUAGCACAUUUAAAUAAUUGCACAAAUAGUUCUCGAUAUACAUAUGAACAUGACUUGUCCUAUUUAAAUGUGUAAAGUGGUAAAAUAUCAAUGCGCAAUAUCCAU